CCCGGUGGUUACUGCCGCCUCAGGGCGCAGAGGCCCGGCCUUUCAGCCCAAAUGUCAGUUUGUAAAAUAGCAGGGCUGGAGUCUGCAGGGUUUGCAAGCUCCCGCCUUGUAGGAAGUCUGGGAGGCUGGGAAUUUCCAACUGUUUCACCUUAGAGCCCUCUUCGCCCAGGCAAAACCACUCAGGAGCCUGGCUUCCCACAGCCUCGGCAGGGAGGAAUACAAUUUUUUCAUCUAUAAUUUGGAAGCAAAGUAAAAUAACAAAAUGAAGCCAGCAAAACAUCUGUUAGCCUCUAGUAAUAAAUUGGCAAAUGUUCCAGAAUUCACUUACAAAAAAGGAUUAUUGAAUUUACCAUUGUCACUUAAAUCAAAGGAAAAACAUAGUACAAAAUUAGUACGUGAUAAACUUGAAACAAUGGCCUUAGGAUCUCCACCAAGAGGGGAGUCCAUCGUAAGGUAUGCUUUGCCCAUUCCAUCAAGUAAGACAAAGGAGUUAAUAGCAGAAGAUGAAUUGAUCAGGAAAAUUACCAAUCAUCUGAAGAUGAUUGUUUCUACUUUGGAAGAAACCUAUGGAUUUAGCAUUCAAAAUGGAGAAAAAUCAGUUGUGAAGCCUGAACCUGAGGAAUUAACUUUAUCGGUUGGGGAUGAUCUGAAUUCAUUCUUGAGAUGUUGUUCACAAUUUGCUGCUCAGUUAGAAGAAGCAGCUAAGGAAGAACAUAAUAUUUUGGAAUCUCUUUUUAAGUGGUUUCAGCAACAGGUCAAUCAGAUGGAAGAGAUAAGUAAAGAUCAAACUUUUUUAGAGGUAGAGUUUCCAGCACCUGACAAAACCUUAAACAUUGCACAAGUAGUAAAACAGGUGCAAAAAAUAGAAGCACGGAAAAAUCACCUUAAACAACAGUCUAAAUACUCCUCGAGGACCACAUUGUCUAAAGCCAAGGAUAGUGAAAAUUCACCAGGAGCAGUACAUAGUUACGAAGCUGUACAGCAGAUAAUUGAAGAAUUCAUAAAAACCCACUCAACUGAAGAAUUUAUAGAUGUUUCUGCAACUGAUCCACAAACUGCUUAUUCACUGAUGAAGCAAGUGGAUGUCAUGUUGAAAAUAUUUGAAAAACAUUCAAAUAUGUUGGAGAGAGCUGUGAGUGAUCAGGGUUUGUUAGAGGCUAAAUUCAAACAAAUGGAAAAUGAUUUUCAAGUGUUAUUAGAGGAGAAAUUGAGGCUGGAAAAUGAAUUACAAAAGCUGAAGAAUACUGAGAAAACAAAGUCAAUGUAUGAUAGGACAAAGAAAACUAUAAAAACUGAGAAGAAAAAAGACAAAGGAAAACCUGAGGAUUCAGAAGAGAAGAAGUCUCUAGUCAAAGACCUUAAAAUAAAAGGAGAUUUGCUUCAAGUCCAGAAAGUAGCACAUGCUCUGGAAAUUGAGAACAAAGUCCUUCAGGAACAACUGAAACAGGCUCUCCAGGAAGCUGAACGAGCAAAGCAUCAACUUGACUAUUUCCUAAAUCAAGGGAAAGAAUUACUUAAGAGUGAAGGGAAGACCAAGACAACAAUGGAAAUGGGUAUUAGUAAAAUAAAAGUUGAAGAUUCAAAAGAUAUACCAUUGGAGAGAAGAAGAAGGAAAUCACUAGUUACAGAUUCAGGUGGACAAAAGACAAAUUCUAAAAUCCAAGAACAUCCCGAGAUCUCAAGUGUCCCAAAUGGAAGCCCAACUGACAAAAGCUCAGAGAAGAAAAGAGCUAGCUCUGCUCUUCCAGAUCUUUCACAGAUCCUACAGUCUCAAGAUGGAUCAGCUUUUUUAAGGAGUUCAAAUGAAGUUUCAGCUAAUAAAGACCUACCCCAUAUACUUCCAUUAAAGACCCAGGAUAAAUCCUUAACAAGACUAUUAUCAAACGAAGAGAUUGGAGACUUACUGUCUGUCAAAACAUCACUUCAAGGGGAUGGAACAACAACAGUGUCACUCAUUUCACAUCCUUUUCUUACCAGAAAAAAGCCAAUGGGUAGUGAUAUCUCAGAGGCUGCCGUUGGAGAAGAGAAAUUACAAAGUAAGACUGAAAAACAAACUUACCAAGAAGCAAGAGAAUUUCAAGCUCAUUUUGGAGUACCAGAUGAAAAUCUAGUGCUUGUGAGUCAAGAUUCAGUGUCAAAACCCCAAAUGCAAGUAGAGAAACAAAUAACUUACAGAAGAGAAAGAUGCCAUACUUAUUUUGGUGCCACAGAUGAAAAUCUUAUGUUUGUAAAUCCAGAGUCAGCAUCAAAAUCCCAAGUACAAGUAAAGAAACAAAUAACUUCCAGGGAGGGGAGACGCAAAACAUUUCCUCUUGAAAAGCAAAAAAAUGAUAAGAUAUCACAUAAAAAUCUAUUUCCUGAGGAGAAAGUUUUAUUUUCAAGAAACCAGUUUCAAACUAAGAAACUUGAAGCUACCAGAAACAUGAAUCUUGAUACUGAGAAAAUGGAUGAGAAAGCAGGUGAAAACCUUUCACCUGAAGAUAAUGAAAUUUUAAUCUCAAAAGGCUCAUCUCAAAUUAAGACACUUGGAGCUGCCAGCAAAGCAGGAUUUAGUAAUCAGAAUAUGGAUGAACUCUCAGAUUUUACACUUGAAGAUCUAGAACUCACUUCAGGAUACGAGGAUCAAUGUCAAACAAGUGGAGUUAAUCAAUCUCAAAGAUUGAGUGUUAAAAAUGAAGUGGCCUCAGAACUUCCAGAUUCAGCAGAUCUCCCAGCAAUAAAUCCAUCAAUUAGUGAUCUAAUACAUCAAUUAGAUUUAAAUAAAGUCACAGAAACUAAUAUAGAACACUUGAAAUGUGUUAAUGGAACAUGCAUAUUGGUGGAGGAAAUGAAGAUACAAUCAGAGAGACUUCCUGAGAUGGAUACAGAGCCCCUCCCAGGUGCUACCGGAAGAGGUAUAAUAAGGAAGGAAAUCAAGACACAGUCAAAGAGUCAUCCUGAGACUGAUGUAGAACACUUGACAUAUACUGUUGGAGGAGAAACAAUAUUUGGUGAAAUCACAACACAACUUAAAAUUCACCCUGGUGUGAAUUUAUUUAAAAACAAAUAUAUGUCCACAGAACAGCAAGAAGAUUUUUUUACCAGUGACAUCACACCAUUUAAACUCUCAACAAACAGGAUGAGUUUUUCAUCCUUUGACAAUCAAGGAAUGAAUUUAUUUAAAAACAAAAAUAUAUUUUCACAUCAAGACUUACUUCCAAAGAACAUCACAAUGAAUAAAUUCCCAACAAAAGUGAUCAAUUUAUCACCCUUUGACAAUCAAGAAAGAACUUCUGAGUACACUUCACACCAUGUGACUAAACCUCCAAAAGCAAGUCCUAGAACAUCUAGGGCUGGGUCAACCAUUUAUAAAGCCAUCCAGCUUCCUUCACUGAAUAAAGAAACUUCAUGGCAUCCAAAAAAUUAUAUCUCAAAAAAACAUGUUGAACUUACAAAUACUCUGCCUGCUAUGAUCUCUACAACUAGAAAACCUAUCUAUGAAGUCACACAUACUGCUGCCCGAAAUCUCCACCACACCCCUAUUUUUGAGAAAAAAUGAGUUCUGGUCAAGAUAAGCAACAUGAGCAAAUUCAUGGAGAUAGUAAUGAAAUCUGCAUUUGUAGAAACUUAAUGAAAAUAACACUGACUUGAAAGGAUGGUGCUUAUUGAACAAUAGUGGGAAAUACCGUGGAUAAAUAGGGAAGGUCCAGAUCAUGGAGGAGCUUAAUUGGUAGCAGAAUUCUUCUUUACUAUCUGGAACAAACUCGAAACUCUAAGAUCAAAGCCUUUUUGUUGCUGAUGUUAAGGAAGGAGCUCUAUGUUGAAGCUCCAGCUUGCUCUAUUCACUAAUGUUCCUGUAAUAU